UUUUCUGAAAGGAGGGGAGGUUUUAUGGAAGGGCUGCUAUUAAAGGCAGAGAGCUGAGCUGGACACCAGACGGUUUAGGAAGAGUAGAUCCCACUGUGGAGGAGAGGAGAUCGUUCAGGAUGCCAGAGCCAGUCAAAAAACCAGAUCCAGCUGAAGCCCCUGCUGAAGCCCCUGCAGAACCCAGUGCAGAACCAGCACCAGUACCAGAACCAGCCCCUGAGACCCCUGCAGCUGAACCCCCAAAAGACGAGAUCGCUGCCCCGACACAAGAGGCUCCAGCAGCUGACGAUGGGCAGCCUCCAGACACCAGACAGGACCUGACCGGCCUUUUCACAGAGAAACCACAGUCUGGAGAAGUCACUGUAGGUGCAAACAUCACCUUUGUGGCUAAAGUGAAUGCGGAAUCGUUGCUGAAGAAACCCACCAUCAAAUGGUUCAAAGGGAAAUGGAUGGACCUGGCCAGCAAAUCAGGAAAACAUCUCCAGCUGAAGGAGACAUACGACCGCAACACCAAGGUUUACACAUUUGAGAUGCAAAUCAUUGCAGCUAAGGCUAACUUUGCCGGCGCUUACAGAUGCGAAGUUUCAUCCAGGGACAAAUUCGACAGCUGCAAUUUUGACCUGACUGUUCACGAGGCUUGUGCUGCAGCAGGUUUGGACAUAAGAUCAGCUUUUAGGCGCACUAGCACAGAUGGAAAUGAAGACUCAGGAGAACUGGACUUCAGUACCUUAUUGAAAAAGAGAGACAGUUUCUUAAAAUCCUCAAAUCGAGCUGUCCAGGUGACUUCAGAGCCUGACGUGGACGUGUGGAAUAUUCUGAGCCACGCUCCGGCCUCCGAGUACGAGAAGAUCGCCUUCCAGCAUGGCAUCACGGACCUCAGAGGUAUGCUCAAGAGGCUGAAGAAGAUGAAGAAAGAGGAGAAGAAGAGCGAAGCUUUUCUGAAGAAGUUGGAUCCUGCCUACCAAGUGACCAAAGGACAGAAAAUUAAACUAGGUGUUGAAGUCGCUAAUGAAAAUGUUGAAGUGAAGUGGCUGAAGAACGGACAGGAAAUUCAGCCGACUGGAAGCAAGUAUAUCUUUGAGAGCGUUGGAAACAUGCGUUACCUCACCAUCAACCACUGCUCACUGGCAGACGAUGCUACGUACACAUGUGUGGUGGGAGACGAGAAGUGCACCACUGAGCUCUUUGUCAAAGAGCCUCCGGUCACCAUUGUAAAGAACCUGGAGGAUCAGAUGGUCAUGAAGGGUGAGAGGGUGGAGUUAGAGUGUGAAGUCUCAGAGGAAGGAGCCAACGUGAAAUGGGAAAAGGACGGAGUGGAGUUGACAAGAGAUGAAUCCUUUAAGUAUCGCUUCAAGAAAGAUGGCUGCAAACAUGUUCUGAUCAUCAACGAGGCCACGAAGGAGGACUGCGGACACUACAAGGUUAAAACCAACGGCGGCGAGUCUGUGGCGGAACUCCUGGUGCAGGAGAAAGACCUGGAGGUCUACCAGAGCAUCGCAGACCUCACAGUGAAGGCGAAGGAUCAGGCUGUUUUUAAGUGUGAAGUGUCAGACGAGACUGUGAAAGGAACCUGGUACAAAAACGGAGUAGAAGUCAAACCUGAUGCCAGGAUUAAUAUCUCACAUAUCGGCAGGAUCCACAAACUGACCAUUGACGAGGUCAAACCUGAGGAUGAGGGAGACUACACCUUUGUCCCUGAUGGCUACGCCUUCAACCUCUCAGCCAAACUUAACUUCUUAGAGGUGAAGAUUGACUACGUGCCACGCCAAGACCCUCCUAAGAUCCACCUGGACUGCAUGGGUCGCACCACAGAGUCAACCAUCCUGGUGGUGGCUGGGAACAAAUUGCGCCUGGAUGUCCCCAUCACCGGAGACCCAGCUCCCACAGUGAUCUGGACCAAAGGAGAGAAGGUCCUCACUGAAGGAGACAGUAGGGUCCAUGUUGAAACCAGCAAGGGCCACUGUGUCUUCACCAUCGAGGGGGCUGAGAGGCAGGAUGAGGGAAUCUACUCGGUCGUGGUUCGAAACCCUGCAGGAGAAGACACAGCUGACGUCCACGUAAAAGUUGUCGAUGUUCCAGAUCCUCCCCAGACUCCCAGGAUCCUCAGCGUGGGUGAAGACUCCUGUGUAGUCGAGUGGGACCCCCCUGCAUUUGACGGUGGACAGCCAGUCAUUGGUUAUGUGCUGGAGAGAAAGAAGACAAAGAGCUACAGGUGGAUGAGAUUGAACUUUGACCCUUACCCUCAGACAACCUAUGAAGCCAAGAGGAUGAUUGAAGGAGUGCCGUACGAGAUGCGAGUGUACGCCGUCAACAGCAUCGGCAUGUCUCGCCACAGUCCUGCCUCUCAGCCUUUUGUGCCAGUCGCCCCUACAAGUGAGCCCAUCGGACUGUGCGUUGAUGACAUCAAUGACACCUCCAUCUCGCUGAAGUGGCGGCCGCCUGAGAGGAUCGGCGCCGCUGAACUCAAGGGUUAUGGGGUUGAGUACUGCAAGGAGGGCACGGAUGAAUGGAUACCCGUCAGUCAGGAUUUGACAGACCGGUUGUCAAUGAUUGUCAGAAAUCUUACCACCGGUGACAAGCUGCAGUUCCGUGUACGGGCCUACAACAUGGCAGGACCCAGCGCUCCUGCCACUCUGGCUCAGGCUGUCACCAUCAGAGAAAUAAUGCAGCGCCCAAAGAUUUGGCUCCCAAGAUACCUCCGCCAGACCCUCAUUAAGAAAGUUGGAGAUACUGUCAAUAUUGUGAUUCCUUUCCAGGGUAAGCCCAGGCCUAUAGUUACAUGGAGCAAAGACGGGGAGCCUCUCAGUCCCCAGUUCGCCAGCGUGAGGAAUAGUGAAACAGACACAAUCCUCUUCAUCCGUAAGACCGACAGAAAACACUCUGGGAAGUACGAACUCCAGGUGCAGAUUGAAAACGUGGAAGACAGAACGAACGUGACCCUUCAGGUUGUGGAUCUGCCUGGGCCUCCUGAAGCCCUGAAGAUCAUAGACAUCUGGGGCUUCAAUGUGGCUUUGGAGUGGAAGCCGCCCAAGGACAACGGCAACUGUGACAUAACGGGUUACACCAUCCAGAAAGCCGACAAGAAGACCAUGGAAUGGUUUACCGUCUAUGAACUGUACAGACGAACCAACUGUGUGGUGUCGGACCUCAUCAUGGGGAAUGAGUACGUCUUCCGUGUCUUUGCCACAAACCUUGUGGGUCUGAGCCCAGAUCCUUGCAACACGAAAGACAGCGCUUACAUCCAGAAAACAGGUAUUGCGUACAAGCCACCGAGCUACAAGGACCACGAUUUCUCGAGGGCUCCUAAGUUCACGCACCCUUUAGUGAAUCGAUCCGUCAUAGCAGGAUAUAACGCCACGCUCAGCUGCUCAGUCAGGGGCAUCCCAAAGCCUAAAGUGACCUGGUACAAAAACAAGAUGGACAUCUCGCAUGAAGCCAAGUACCGGAUGCUCAGUAAAGAAGGUGUUCUGACGCUGGAGAUCCGUAAGCCGUGUCCGUUCGAUGGAGGAGUUUACAUGUGCAAAGCAGUCAACGACAGCGGAGAGGACACUGUGGAGUGUAAACUGGAGGUUCGCCCUCAAAUCCCAAAAGAAGAGAAGAAGUAAGAGCUAAGGAGGAGACGCCGAGUGUUUGACUGAAGAACAGAUCGAUUUGUCUUUAGCGUGUCCUGCAUGUCGACGGUUUGGAGUCAUUAGAAGUGUCCUGGCCUGCCUGACUACCUGUGUUUAGCUUGUGUUAGAGUUUUGUUUUGCACUUCUCUCUUCUCUCUUCAGCAUUGAUUAGGAUUAAAUGCACACUAUUGUUCCCGAAAAUGAGAGUAUCCUGAAAUUUGACAGGUGUCAGAUGUAAACAGCAUAUUCUGUUUUAGCUUUUUUUCUGAUUAAGCCACAUGGCAUCUGCUGAUAUUAUUAUUCUAGUUUAAUGAGGAUUCUAUGGACAUCUACACAAUACAUUCAGAAAAUUCAUCUCAUUUUACUGCAGAUUUCAACACACUGCACCUAUCAGCCAUACAUUAAGUCCAACAUUCUCUCUGAUAUUUUCAAGAAAAUGAAAAACAUAUUACAGCUAAAAUUUGCUUAGAAGUCUUAUUUCUGUCUUUGUGCAUAAGAAAUCAAUA